AUGGACUUUAAGAAGCAAUGGGAUGCUUGGAUUUGGCAAGUAUUAUAUGUUUUAUCUGUUGGAUAUUUGGGAAGGGUCUGUGCUCAGUUACACUAUUCCAUUGUGGAAGAAUCUGAGCCUGGAACACUUAUAGGAAAUGUGGCUUAUGAUCUAGGACUGAAUGUUGAACAGAUUUUUGAGAGGAGACUGAGACUAGGGUCUGAAGAAAGCAGGAGAUAUUUUGUAUUUCGAUUGGAAACUGGAGACCUGCUACUGAAUGAAAAGAUGGACAGAGAAAGCCUGUGUGGUCUCAGCUCAAGCUGUUUGUUGUCUGUAGAAUUAAUAAUAGAGAAGCCUUUAGAGUUAUUUCGUUUGUUCAUUGAGGUUUUGGACAUAAAUGAUAAUUCACCUCAUUUUAUCAAUAAUGAGAGAAUGAUAAAAGUAGCUGAACUUGCUGCUCCAGGGUUGAGAUUCCCUCUAGAAAAUGCCAUUGACCAAGAUGUAGGCACUAAUGCUGUGAAUUCAUAUGAGAUGAGUCCGAGCCAAUACUUUUCACUGAAUGUCAAGCAAUUAAAAGACGGCAAGCUUUUUCCAGAAUUAGUGUUAGAAAAUGCUUUAGAUAGAGAGGAAAUAGCAGAACAUCAUCUUAUAUUGACUGCAUUAGAUGGGGGUCAUCCAGUUAGAACAGGGACAACAAAAAUAACUGUUCGUGUCUUAGAUAACAAUGAUAACCCCCCAACAUUUGAUCAGCCUGUUUAUAAAAUUAGUUUAUUAGAAAAUAUUAUGCCAGGUACAUUAUUAAUUAAACUUAAUGCUACUGAUAUGGAUGAUGGUCCAAACAGUGAAAUUGAGUAUUCUCUAGAGGACCACAGUCGAAAUUCAGCAGGGAAAUUGUUCAAGCUUGAUCCUCAUACAGGAGAGAUACAUGUUCAAGGUAGGAUUGAUUUUGAAGAUUCCAGUUUUUAUGAAAUCUAUGUAAGAGCAAGAGAUAAAGGUGUUCCAGUUAUGGAAGGACAUUGUGUCAUUCAAGUAGAAAUUGAAGACUCUAAUGAUAAUGCCCCUGAAGUAUAUGUGACUUCCCUUGAAAACUCAAUUCCAGAAAAUACACCCAUUGGCACAGUAGUUGGUCUGUUUAAUAUAAUUGAUCGUGAUUCUGGCAGAAAUGGAGAAGUGCACAUAGACAUACCACCGGGGAUUCCUUUUAAAUUUAAAUCACUUGAAAAUCAUUAUUCUUUGAUCACAGAUGGUGUUUUAGAUCGAGAAAUUAAACCUCAAUACACCAUAUACUUAGUCGCUACUGACUUAGGCUUGCCACCAAUGACCACUAAAAGAACAAUUGUGCUCAAUAUCUCAGAUAUCAAUGAUAAUCCUCCUGUUUUUUCACAUCAUUAUUUUAAUGCCUAUAUAUAUGAGAAUAAUGUUCCUGGUAUUUUACUUUGUACUUUGUUUGCAACUGAUGCAGAUGAAGGUGAAAAUUCCCAAUUAAAGUUUUCUGUAUCGGAAACCUAUAUCGCAGGUUCUCCAAUAUCUUCCUACAUGUAUAUAAAUGAAAAUAGUGGCAACGUUUAUGCACAGCGAUCUUUCAAUUAUGAGCAUAUACAACUCUUAGAAGUUACAGUUUUUGUAGAAGAUCAAGGGUCACCAAAAUUGAAGUCAAAUGCCACUCUUUAUAUAUUUAUAUUAGAUAAAAAUGAUAACCAUCCGAAAAUUCUGUACCCAGUUUUGACUAGAGAAGCCAUUGAGCAUCAAAGAAUACCUCGCCCUGUGUCCGCAGGUUAUUUGAUCACAAAAGUAACAGCUGUAGAUGCCGAUUCAGGUUAUAAUGCAUGGCUUUCUUAUAGUAUCUUAGAAUCAUCUGACCCUUCCAUGUUUAAAGUUGCUCCACAUACAGGAGAAAUAAGAAUGAUGAGAAGUCUGCUUGAGUCUGAUGAAAGUUUAUACACAAUUUUGGUUCUGGUUAGGGACAAUGGGGAUCCAGCCUUAUCAAGCACAGCUACAGUCUACGUCUCUUUUGAAGAAGUAGUACAUGAUGAAACUCCUAAGUCACAAGACUAUCAGACAGCUCACAACGAACCAUCAGACAUGACCUUAUAUUUAAUAAUCGCCCUUGUUGCUGUCAGUACAGUAUCAGUCAUCACAUUCAUUGUUUUGACAGUACGGUGUUUAAGGACAACUAAUGACCAAAGUAUCUGCAAAUGCUUUGGUGGAAAUGAAAGGAAUGACUUCCAAUGUCACCACCAACCAACUCUUCAGUUGACUUCAGAUGGUACCUUAAAAUACAUGGAGGUUAAGACCUUGACAAGACCUACAAACCAAUGUUAUAGUACCUGCAUUUCACCUGCAUUAGAAAGAACUGAUUUCACCUUCCUAAGGCCUUUGGAUUUUCCUCAGCUAAAGGAUAUACUGAAUGAUGAGGAGUCCUUCUCCAUAAAUAGUGAGUUCAGCGAUGUGAUUCAGGUGAGGAACAUUGACCAGCUUGCUUAA